AUGGAUAUCUUUAGAGUUCUUACCAGAGGUGCUUCCGUCAAGAAAGAUUUCAAUAGAAAAGGAAAAUCAGUCGAUUACAGCUCAUCCAAAAAAACCGAGACUGGUAACACACCUGGAACUAAGAAUGAAAGUGCUGGGCAAAUAGAAAGAGAAUUGGAUUUUUUCAGAAAUAAAAGAAUCCUCAAUAAGGUUGAAGAGGUAAAGGAUAAUGUUACAGAAAGUGCACAGGAAGAAACUGUCUCUGAGACGACAGAUUCGACUGAUGAUUUCCUGCCUAAAAUCACAACAUUCAAAGAAGCUACUGAAUUACGUAAAUCGUAUAAAGGUAAUAUUACGGGUGAAGAUAUUCCAUUACCAAUAGGCUCUUUCGAAGAUUUAAUAACAAGAUUUUCACUGGAUAGACGUUUAUUAAACAAUUUGAUUGAAAACCAUUUUACCGAACCUACUCCAAUUCAAUGUGAAAGUCUUCCUCUUGCAUUACAUGGGCGUGAUAUAUUAGCAUGUGCACCAACUGGUUCUGGUAAGACAUUGGCAUUCUUAAUACCAUUAUUCCAACAGAUUAUUAAUGAGAAAGACACUUUGGGGUUGAAGGGUUUAAUCAUUUCGCCUACAAAAGAAUUAGCAAAUCAAAUUUUCUUAGAAUGUGUCAAGUUAUCAAAUAGGAUUUACCUUGAUAAAAAGAGACCAUUACAAGUGGCAUUACUAUCAAAAUCACUUAGUGCCAAACUAAAAAAUAAGGUCAUCAAUGAUAAAAAAUAUGAUCUGAUCAUUACUACGCCGUUGAGAUUAAUAGAUCUAGUUAAGAGUGAGGCUUUAGAUCUUUCAAAGGUUAAGCAUUUGAUAUUUGAUGAAGCUGAUAAAUUGUUUGAUAAAACUUUUGUGGAGCAAGCUGAUGAUAUCUUAAAUUCAUGUACCGAUCCAGUUCUGCGUAAAGCCAUGUUUUCAGCAACAAUACCUUCCAAUGUCGAAGAAAUUGCGAACAGUAUAAUGUUAGAUCCCGUUAGAGUCAUUAUUGGGCACAAGGAAGCGGCUAACGCCAACAUUGAACAAAAAUUAGUGUUUUGUGGUAACGAAGAAGGUAAAUUAAUUGCAAUUAGACAGUUAGUCCAAGAGAGUGAAUUCAAGCCUCCAAUUAUUAUUUUCUUAGAAUCUAUAACAAGGGCCAAGGCGUUAUAUCAUGAAUUAAUGUAUGAUAGAAUGAAUGUAGAUGUUAUUCAUGCUGAGAGAACCCCAAUGCAAAGAGAAAAGAUUAUUGAAAGAUUUAAAAGUGGGGACUUAUGGUGUCUAAUUUGUACUGAUGUUUUAGCAAGAGGUAUUGAUUUUAAAGGUGUAAACUUAGUCAUUAACUAUGAUGUUCCUAGAACUGCUCAGGCCUACGUUCAUAGAAUUGGUAGAACUGGUAGAGGUGGUCGUUCUGGUAAAGCCAUAACAUUUUAUACAAAGCAAGAUUCUCUGGCGAUCAAGCCAAUCAUCAAUGUUAUGAAACAAAGUGGUUGUGAAGUUGCAGGAUGGAUGGAUAAGAUAUCCAAGAUUACUAAAAAGGAGAAGGAAGCAAUAAAGAGGGGUAAAGCUCAUACUGAGAGGAAACAAAUCAGUACAGUACCAAAGAUGGAUAUCUUAAAAAAGAAGAGAAAAAGAGAGAUGGUCCAAGCUUCCAAAAGAAGAAAAUUGGAAGAGAAAGAGGAUGUCUAA